GUGGUCUCAAUCGCGAAGGAGAAAAUUUUAGACGGGUCCAACUUAAUUUGUGUUGCUAAGAACAAAUACUCGGAGUGCGGGAGGAGAGUAUUGGACGUACACACAGUGAUGCUUGUCAGACCUCAACCAAAUAUGGAAAUGGGGUUGUCUAAUUGUGCAGGUGCAAGUUUCAGUAAUAAUUGUAUCAAGUGCAUGUUGGGUGGCACAAAGCCAUACAAAUGGAAAGGGUCUUUUUCGAAUGGCAAACAACUCACUCACCUGGCACAGAAUCUAUCUGACCACUCGUCUCUUCUAGCUCAAUUAGUUCAGCAUCCUUCAGGCUCGAAAUUGUUUAAAUUUCAUAAGAUGUGGAUGGAUCAUGCAUACUUUGAUGGAUUUUUGAAUUCG